AUGUUGAUGUGUGACAGAGGAGUCCAGAUGCUCAUCACAACAGUGGGCGCUUUCGCCGCUUUCAGCCUGAUGACUAUCGCUGUGGGAACGGACUACUGGCUGUACUCACGGGGAGUGUGCCGGGUCAAAAGCAAUAACGAGAACGAGACGAGCAGGAAGAAUGAGGAAGUCAUGACCCAUUCGGGGCUGUGGAGAACCUGCUGUCUAGAAGGUAAGAACAUGUCGUCUUGCGACCGUGUGAGGAAUAAUAAUAACAUAGAGUCUGACAGCAGCUGUCAAUUAAUCCGAGCAGUGAGAGCAUCCAGUAUCUUCCCCAUCAUGAGUGUUGGACUUCUGUUCAUGGGAGGUCUAUGUGUGGCAGCCAGUGAGUUUUACAGGAGCAGACACAAUGUCAUCCUAAGUGCAGGAAUCUUCUUUGUCUCUGCUGGCCUAAGUAACAUCAUAGGAAUUAUUGUGUACAUAUCUGCCAAUUCGGGUGAUCCUGGCCAGAGCGACUCGAAGAAGAGCUACUCGUACGGCUGGUCAUUCUAUUUUGGCGCUCUGUCUUUCAUAAUGGCUGAGAUGGUGGGUGUGCUUGCUGUGCACAUGUUCAUCGAGAAGCACCGAAAGCUGCGUGCAAAAUCCCGCACCGAGCUCAUCAAGAAGUCAGCCUUCAGCCGCAUUCCUAGCUACCGUUAUCGAUUCCGCCGACGCUCCAGCUGCCGCUCCAGCGAGCCUGCCUCUCGCGAUGCUUCACCCAUGGGCAAGAGCGGAUAUACGGGUCCUGCUGCGGCAGAUAUCUCCAUGUACACCAUAUCUAGGGAUCCUUCCAAGGCUGCAAUGGGUGCCUUGCUCAACUCUGAGAGGGAGUUUUUGCAGGCUCACAACUCCAACACGAAGGACUUCAAAGAUGCGGCGAACAGGAGGACCACUCCAGUCUGA